CUGCGUGGGCAGCGAACUAAGAAUGCUAUGCUAAUGCGCUAGUCGAGGACUGUACACAGACUCGUUAGACUGUAUUUUGCGUUUAACGAAAUAACUUUUAGCGCGACGCAACGCAGACAGGGAAGGAGAGAGAGAGAGACAGACAGACACACACACACAGACUUAAGGAUCGUCUUCGUCAUCUAACAACGCACGCGUGGAGAACUCGUGCGUUACCCACUUAUAACAUAUUUCAUUUUUCCUCGCGGCGGGGCUCUAUUUUUGAGCCGAAAAUCAUCGGCCGCGGCUCUUUCUAGCUGUUUCACCAGACGCGGAGGAAGUCUUACAUAUAACGCGAGACGGAAGAACCGUCGUCUCUUCAGGUAUCGAUCGUCGGCCGUGCGAGAAAAAGCGUGAUCAUGGAGGAAGACGAGCAAAAAAUGGCGGUAAUGCGUAAAGCCUUCCAAAUGUUCGACACAACGAAGAGCGGCUUCAUCGAUACCCUCAAGAUAUCAACGAUAUUGAACACGAUGGGUCAACUCUUCGACGAUGGAGAACUGAAUGCGAUAAUAGAGGAGAACGAUCCCGAAGGUACGGGCAAGGUGAACUUUGAUGGAUUCUGUAGGAUCGCAGGACGAUUUCUCGAAGAAGAAGACGCCGAAGCGAUGCAGGAGGAACUUAAGGAAGCCUUCCGAUUGUACGACAGAGAAGGAAACGGUUAUAUCACUACGGCUACGCUGAAAGAAAUUUUAGCUGCGUUAGAUGACAAAUUAACUAGUUCCGAUCUUGACGGCAUAAUCGCUGAAAUCGAUACAGACGGUUCUGGAACGGUGGACUUUGACGAAUUCAUGGAAAUGAUGACAGGCGAGUGAGGAUGGGAAAGGAGUCUGUCACGAAAAUGACGAUUUCAUUUCCUGAAAACAUCACAAAAGACCGAUAUUAAUGAUAGAGAAAGAGAGAGAGAGAGAGAGAGAGAAGGAGAGAACUCCGUCAAGAUCAGCGUUCGUUAUACUAGCGUAAUUUCCUAAUAAAAUGAUCCUUUAUCCAACCGGAAAGAAAGAGAAACGAGUUCAACGUAUCCUGAAACGCGUUAGAUCUCGCAUUAAGAUCCAAUAUCGGUAGCGGAAUCUAUGAUAGAUAUCGGAAAAGAAUUCUGUCGUAAUAUGUCUUUAUGGCAAUUUAUUUAUUGCGCUUUCUCUAUAUUAAUCAUUCCUUUUUUAUCUUUUUCGUAUCAAGAGGUACGCGCACAGAGACAGACACACACGCAAACAUUCCCGUAAUGCGUGUUAUUUUUAAGUGUGACAUAGA